AUGUGUCUGGCCCUCAGAACCCGGGUGACGCCCAGCCUGGACUACUACCGGGCCUCACUGCCCUGCCCGUCGCCUAUCCCUAAGGGCCGGCCCAGCAGCCUGCCCACUACCUCUAGCGGCAACCGCUUCCAGCUCUGGGCCCUAGGACUCUUCUGCACCGAACGCCACCUGGCCAGGCGUCUCAAGAACAACAGUUUCUACCCGUUCACGCAGCAGCAGCCAGGCGUCUUUGUCCUCGAGUACUACUUGGACACGUUGUGGAAGGGGACGCUGCUGUUCGUCGUCUGCGUGAUCCUGGUCAGCGUCAGCUCCCUAAGACAGGUGCAGGAGCAGGAGACUUGGGGCUUCCCUAUGUACGGCAUGGCCGUGGGCCUGUGGCUCAUCAUCUCGUCGCUGCCACGGCGCCGCCUGGUGCUCAACCACACGCGUGGCAUGUACCACUUCUCCAUACAGGGCCGCACCGUGUGUCAGGGCCCCAUGCACCUGGUCUACGUGCGCCUGGCGCUCAGCUCUGACGCCCAUGGGAGGUGCUUCUUUCAGCUGGUCUUUGGCGGCAACAGGCUGGAGCCGCUGAUACUGGUGCAACUGUCGGAGCACUACGAGCAAAUGGAAUACCUGGGCCGUUACAUUGCUCGGAAACUCAAUAUUAACUACUUCGACUACCUGGCUACGUCCUACCGGCACGUGGUCCGCCACUGGCCGCUGGGGGCCGCCUUCAGCCCAGGCAUCGUGUUGCGCAAUUACCGCGGCUACGACAGGCCCAGCCUGUCUCAUUCUGACCUGGAGGUGUGACUCUGAGGCCUGCACUCCCCCUCUUCCCCACCGGCAGGACUGUGUUCUUUUUUGCCCUGUAGCCUCCCAUCCCUACUCUGGGGUGGAGCGAAUGUCAGGCCCACCCACUGGCCUUCCUCUCAAUAAAGCUUCCUCAGUUUCCAGA